AUGGCCGACAACAAUAAAUACGAACCCCCCAACGGGCCUCCCCCGAACGGAGCGCUGACCGUCCCGCCACAAGUCCACCACGACGCUGGCCCAUACUAUCCGCCCGACGCACCGGUCGACAACACGCGCGGUCCCGUGCCCCAGUCCUACCCUCCAGCCCAAGGUCCCAACGGUGGCUACGCUCCUCCUCAAGGCUGGAAUCAAGGGCCGCCGGGUCCCUGGCCGCCGCAGGGUGCGCCAGGCCAACAACCAUACGGAUACUACGGCCCGCCGCAACCGGGCAUGUAUUACCAGCAGGGCCCGCCUGUGGGAUACUAUGACAGAUCGCCAGACCAGGCCGCGGCGGAGGGUUGUUGUGCGGCGUUCCUGGCCGCGCUGACCUGUUGUUGCUGUCUUGAGCUCUUGUUCUAA